AUAAGCUGCCGGCUGAGCCAAUCGGAGCAGGCCAUCAAGGCCCAAUGCAAGCUCAACUCAGCACAUUUGAAGCCAGGACGUGCCUUGACUGGGGAUCAGGCCCUUGUAGAGACUCGUGAGCGCAAUAGUACUUCAUGCUUCAGUCUGUGUGCACAUGACAAGGCCAACUUUGAUUGUAAGUCAAGCUCAAGCAUACUGUCACAAGGACGCGGUUGCAACAGUAGGUGUCAACGAUGGGGGACGCCUGUGACAAAGCCUGGGGCGCCGACGCACGCCUGGUGCAGUUGGCCAGCAAAUGAUCGCUCUGGUUUGAGCAUGACGAGCGUGUACAAAGCGGGCCAUAGGCUGUCUGCCGGCCAUUGGACAGCCAACAGCAUGGGGCUGACCUGGCAAAGGGCGGCAAGUGUCGGGGAGUAUUCUGACAACGAAUAUUUGGAGUCAGGUCUUUCUGGCCGGACCAACGACUUGGUAGGGGAGAUGAAAGAGGCAAAUCCACCCCCCCUGGAGGAAGGGGCGCCAGAACCGAUGUGGAAGGGGGCCUGGACGGACGUUGAGGAUCAAGUUUUGCGCAAACAUGUAGCGACGAAUGGAGAGAAGGACUGGAAGAGCGUUAAGAUUGUUUACGGGCUUCAACGCUCAGGGAAAGAGCUGCCGGCUACGAUACAUGAACCACCUCCGCCCCAACCUGAAGAGGCAGCGUUUCACCACCGCAGAACUGCACCUUGUGAUGCAGCCCCAGAGCUUUUAUGGGAAUAAGUGGGCGCUCAUUGCCAACCACUUCAAGGGGAGAACGGACAACGAGGUCAAGAACGCGUGGCAUACUCGGCGCCGUCAGAUGGAGCGCCAGCGGAGGAAGGCGCUCGAAUGGGAGGCGGCAGAGCAGAGCGGCGCGGGCACGGCCAGCUGCGGGUCCGACAUCGUCGACGGCCCUGCGUGUGCCACGUCAUCCUUGUGUGCGAUGAGAGCCGUCCACUCCCACGGGUCGCAGGAGGUUUUCUGUGCCGAGCACCUUCCCGGGGCUCCAAUCGACGUACCGGCUGCGGAUUACCGGGCACGAGGGGCGAUGGACGUCCCGGUGACUUGCACCGGUCCUGUGCUGCCAGAUGAAAGCUACGUGGGUCCGGGAAACCCGCCGUUUUCUCAGUGGCCCGACUACCCCGCCAGCGACUCGUGCUCACCUCACCUUCCCGCGAAUCUCCUCCACCUGCCAUCGGUUCCCAAAACGCAGAGCAGCAGCAGCCUCCCAAUCGUCCAUCUGUGCACGCCGGUCCCGUACUACUGCCACGUGGCGACGCUCGAGAGGGCCGCGAGCACCGGGACCGAGGCGUCUGGAGGCCUCGUGAUUGAUGGACCGACUGUGUCAAGCUGGGCGGCGCGUAGCUUCGCGGGUGACCCCGCCGCGAACGGGGCCUGGCGCGCAGAGAGCGCCUGCUCGGCGGCCGCGGAAGAGAAGACGUGGCCGCCCGGAGGUGGAAGGCUCGAGAACAAGAGAACGACCCAAUCAGAGCCGGCGCCCGGCGCGUCUUCGCCGGUCCCCAAGCCCUGCGCGCUUGCGCCGCCCCGCCUUGUCAUUCCAGAACUCGACCAACAUGACGCGAGUUGGCCGGACAGCAUUUAUCUGAGCCCAAUCGGCGCCUUACCGGCACUAUCCCCCGUUGUCCCGUCCCCGCCGCAUUCCGUGGACGGAUUCCGUCCGCCAAAUGUCCUGGUCGGGCCGCAACCGCAGAGGGGGGCUGAAUCACCGGGUGGACUGGCCCCCUGGACCAGCGCCCACUUCGCCUCCUCCGAGACCGGCUGGAGGCCGCCCGCGGGAGACGGCUUGGGCGGCUUGCUGACGUCACACGGCAUGGUCCCGCUUGCGCCGUUGCAGGAAUCUGCUGUACUGGGUGGAGCGCUCGGCACAUACCCUGAGUGGCUUGUGGCUGCACCGACCGGUUCUUUGUCUUAUUGGACUGUGCAACCUAUGAAGCCGGACACCCGGACUAAGAUGGUCGCAAAUUUGCGCCGAAGCAGGAGUGUUUGAGCGGCAAGAGAAAGCUCCGUGAGCCUCAAGCGGCGGUUUGAUCUGAAUAAGGCUCUCCAGGAAAAUUUAUGCAAAGGUGGACUGAUACCUUGUCUUAAAUACUCAGCAACAUAUAAGCCUUCAGUGAGCCUUUGAAUGAGGUGAUCAGCAGGCUCACCUUAGAAGUCUCGUAGCAGUCAAACUUCGACUUCCAACUUAUUGCCGGGGAACGGUCAUCAGGCUCCAAGCCGUUAACAAAUUAGCUGUACAUGAUAGACAUUGGGGUGACGUUAGUCAGUUGCUUCCAAGUAGAACAACGCGCUACGUAAACCGAUGCAACGAGAGAUCAACCAGGGAACGCUGCGCAGUAGGAUCAACCACCGGGUCGUGCCGCAACGGAACAUCCGUUGCACUUUGAAAUAGGACGUUUAGGAAGGCAGUCAGUACGACAGUAAGUGAUUGCAGAGUAGUCAAUGCCGAGAACAGUCUCCAAUUCACGAGCCAAUGGAGUCAAAUCCCGAGGCGGACUAGUUGUUAGGAAGCACAUUGAGUCCGACCUAGAACUUUCUUUUUGUUUAGCGCGGCUAAGUAGCUGCUUAAGCUGAACAGACGAACGCCGUCACAUUUUCUAAACAAGCUCAGCAGGUGGCACGCUUGUGAUUUAACCGUCUGCAAUUGUCGAUCGGGCCGGCUCCUACCAUUUGAUUGAUACUCAAGACGACACCUGAGAAUCCCGUUAUUCGCGC